UUCCGCAGCAGAGUACAGUGUGUAUUAUUUAUCAAUCAGUCGCAGUUCGCAGAAGGUGAACGGUGUUGAAUCUUGUCUGUACAGAAUAAAAUUUCCUCCCCAUUAUCCGUUGGUGCUGUGUGCUACGCGGAUUCAGUGAAAUAUAAGAGACCGGACGGCAGAAAGCUACUGCAAUACUGUGCCUGCCUACUGUGAUCUAUUCCCCGGUGUGUAGAGUGUGGUUCUCAAUCUGAUCAUCUGACUGGAUUCUUCGGAAAAGUAGGCGAAUACAAAAUGAAGGCUUUGAUAACUUUUGCGCUUCUGCUGGUGACCGGAUUUGCAAUCUGCGGUGCUCAAAAUGAUGUUCCCGUUACACCAGUCCCCGAGCCAACAACAACUACACCCCCUCCAACAACACCAACGACUGCAAAGACUACUCCUAGCACAUCAACUACAACAACAACUACAACGGAGCCACCACACACAACAACGCCUACUGUGGCACCGACAACUACUGCUGCGCCUACUACAACAACGACUGAGCCACCAAAGCCAACGCCAGUGCCGGAGCCCGAAGUAGGCAGCUGGACCUACACCAACACGACCACCAACCAGACUUGCGUCCUGACCCAGAUGGCCCUGCAGCUCAACGUUACCUACCGGGAUGCUGCUGACAAACCAGCCCACGCUCUGUACGAUGUGCCGAAGAGUGCCCGCGUGGUCAACGGUUCCUGCGCCGACAAUGCCCAGUUCAUCGAGCUCCUGUGGGGUCCGGAAUCCGUCGAGAAGAACCGCCUCACGGUCAGCUUCAAGCGUAACACCACCGAACACGAGUUUGCCCUGUCCGGAGUGAGCUUCUACCUGGUGGUCUUCGGAGAGAGUUUCCCCAAUGCGAAGGACAACCAGAUACUCACCUUGGAAAACAAGCAGACCUUGUUUAAGACCCCGACGGACAUGUCCUAUCACUGCAACCGCCCCCAGAUGCUCAACUUGACCGCGAGUGACAAUUCCACCUCGACCGUAACCGUCUCUAAGCUGCAGUUCGAAGCGUUCCACAACAAGCAGAACACCAAAUUCUCGAUCGCCAAGGAUUGCGAUGCCAUCGACACACCGGACAUUGUUCCGAUUGCCGUCGGAUGCGCCCUGAUCCUGUUGAUUGUGAUCGUGCUGAUCGCCUAUCUGGCCGGACGCCGAAGCACGCGAUCCCGGGGAUAUCUGAGCAUGUAAGGCGUGCGACCGUAAGUAUACCUAAUACCUUCCGCGAAUGCUCUUCAGAUCUGAAGAAUACCAAUGCGAUUGAUGCCAUCGUCUGAAACAUCUCAAGUAACUGUCCUUUUAAGAAGUGCGUAUAGAUUCUGUCCACGAAUCCAGCGAAGAGCAUUCAGAACUGAAAGAAGACAUAUUGGUGCGUUUGGAGAUUUCCCAACAGUAUCUAAAAUACUGUUUGUGAUUGUUAGUGGGGAUACAUUGUUUCGUCUCGUCUUUUCGUUCUUUGAACAAUUUAUAAAACGUGUAAAAUAUCAUCAGAAUAGAGAAAAAUCGACGACCCAUAAAAAAAAGUCCAACAUAAUUUCAUACUAGAAAUAUAGCUCAAGAAAAAGUGAAUUAUUAACGUUGAGCAGUUACAUUUCUCACGAACAAAUAGAACAAUCUGAUAAGUCGAAUUAAUCCAUUUGAAAAGUGGUUUUGCAAGAGCACCAUGGAAAAUUUGAAAGACAAAAAAAGAAGAAAGAAAAAAAAUGUUUAUAAUAUACCUUUCUUGUAGUUGAUUAGAGUAAUUUUUAUGAAUCAAUAAAUAAAUAGUUGAUCGGUAAAA